GCAAUUGAAAGAUUCGUCUUUCGGUCGUGCAACACUCAACUAGCCAGCAGGCAGCUUUUGAAAUCGUCGCGUUUCGCUAACAGCUUACAACUUAGUGCUCGUGCUCGUCUUUCACACGGAUACGCUGUCGCCGGACUGAAUAAGCUGAACGGUUUUUGCUCGUGCAAACAUUUGAAUUUUUGUUUUUAUUGUUUUUGUUGUGCGCCUUCAGCCUCGCGGCAACGGAUGCAGUAAUUUUCUUUGCUUGGCUAAUACUUGAGUUGCUUUUGUUUUUGUUGUUGUGUGGAGCAAAUUGCACUUCGCCAGUGCCGUAAAGCACGAUUUGCAAUUGUGACAGCGAUUUGUUGUAUUUUAAGAAACAAAUACAAAUACAAAUACAAAAAAAAAUACAAAAUUAAAUAGCGAAAUAGCGCAAACAGACUUAACUGUCGACUCGGCAGCAAUAUUGUAAAAACGAAAUUAAAUGUGCAGUGAUUUGCAAUAGCAAGCGUAACAGAAUUUGAGUGCUCGCUUCUUGCAGUGUCAUUGUUGUGACUGUUGUGUGUGUGAAGCAUUGUGCGGCGGACACUAACGGUAGUUAUGCUGCGCACAUAAUGCUGAGUGAGACUUAGGAUGUUGACACCUCUUUUUGGUUGGCUUCGAUUUGAGUGUAGCUUGAUUUAUUAAGUGUGCUUUAGUGUGAAAAACCGUUACUUCUACAAACGAACUAGUCCUUUCAACGAACGCAACAACAUUAUAUUACAACAAGAAAUUUUGAAAUUAAAAAUACAAAGUGCUGAGCUCUCAAGACCCUCUGUGGAUUAAAGCAGCAGCGAAAUGAGGGAUUACCUCUUCAUUUGCCUUUUGGCAAUUGGCAUUUUAAAUGUCUUCUCCGCAGCAGCAAGUGAGCCAGCCGCCAGCAAAGUGCAGCCAACAUCUGCUGCCACACUCUCGGAGUCCGCGUCGCUCACAUCAACGCUAGCCACUGUGCCCACAACGAAUGAGACGCCUAAAGACAAACGCCAGGUUGGUGCUAAGGACGAGGCAAUAUACCCGAAUCACCGCGCCGAUACUGCCGACGCCGACGACCCGGAAAAUCCGCAGGAAACCAUCUACGGUCCAAAACCAACACAAUUCCUCAUUCGCCCCGUUGCGCCGCACGAUCACCAGCAGCACGAAGACCAUCAGGCGCCUCAGUUGCGCAAUUAUCCGGCGACGAUAAGGCCGCACAGCACCCAAUUGCUGGAGCAGAGUCAGGAGAUCCAACAUUUUGCCUAUCUCCAAGACAUUAAUCGCAACCACCCGAAGUCGACGGCAACCGCAUCGGAAUUAACCGGGAAGCCACAUUCUGCACAUCAACAGAAAAAGUCUUCGAAAUCCGGGCGAGCCCAUAUAUCUCCUUCUCAGUAUCGAGGAAAUGCCGAAGAAGCUGAACAGCGUUAUGCUGUCGCCAUCCAACCGCCAAACCCGACAUCCGCGCAAGCUCCUCAUUACGCUGCGCCACCUACACAGCUUGUGCCGCGUUACCAGCCGUUAGCACCACAACAUCAACAACAUUUAACGCCCACAGGCCAACCAGGAGCAGGUGGGCCCCAGCAGCCGUACCAAAUUAUACCCGAAGAAGAGUUUCUCAAACUUUUAGAAGAUGAGUUGCGUGCGCGAGCCUACCAUGAAGCGCAAUAUCGUCAGCAACAAGCUGGACUCGCACCAACUCCUAAUAAAGCUCCUCCCCUGCCACUCCCCACUGAGCGUGUAGGUCAAGGUUUAGGCAACUAUCGUCAACAUGCGCAGCCACAGCCGCAAUCACCCGUCGAAGAGCAAAUACCCGAAUAUGUACAGUAUGUGCCACGGCACCGCGGUGGCCCCAAAUAUUUGCCUCAACCACAACUGCAACCACAACCGCAGCAGCAGCCACAACAAGGUGACCCACAUGGUGUGGAUCCAUCACCCGACGCGCCGCCACCACCACACAUCCCCCCUCAACUGGCAUACUACCAACCACAAGUGAGCUAUAAAACGUUGCCAAAUCACCCCCUAGCCAAGUCGUCCCUGGAGAAUGAAAUCGAAAAGCUUCUCGCUGCAAAUAAACCUUCGCCCAAUCAGCUUGUGGACAAUUCCAACGAACCCUCUGGCGUCGUACAUCAACACCAACAAGCUCCGCAACAACAGCUGCAGCCACACCCGGUGCCACGGCCACGCCCAUAUGUCUUGCCACAGAAAAUUUAUGCCCCACAAAGUGGAUCUCAACCCACACCCACACCGCUGGUUGAUGCCAACAAUCAACCGUUUAUACCGUCUUUGUUUAGAUUUAGCAACAUACAACAACAGCCUACACCCAUUUACCCCACACAAGUGCCACAACACAUUGUGGACUCCAAAAAAUUGGGUCCAGUGGUAUACCCUCCAACGCAGUCACCCGCAACAGUACAACAGCCACAACCUACGCAGUACUUCUACCAGGAACUGAACCCAACAACCAGACCCAAAGCCCGUUCAAAACAUUAUGGCUCGAAAGUUUCAACGUCUUCGCCAAAGUUACGCGAAAAAGAACCGCCAAAUUACCCGAAUGUACCAGCCGCAGCUAAGUAUAUUAACCCGCAUCUGUAUUACGAUUACGACCGACAAUCGAACACACAAGCUUCCUCCGCACGAUUCCACCCGAGUCCUCCCGAUCCCAACACACCCUCCGGUGAACAAGUGCAACCGCAUCCGCGCCCACAGUCCCUCGCUCAUCCACAACAGUACCCAGCGCCUGCGCCGUCUCCUCAACAAGUGCACACAAACCGGCAAUACAUCUCACCCGCUCCCGCUCCAUCGCAAUCCAGUAUUUAUGUCUCUCAAGGCACUGGUAUCGCCACACCCUCACGCAGCACCGCAGUCAAAACGAAAUCCAUCGAAGAUGUGCGCCAACUGCAUCUGCCACAACCCGGCGGCAAGCCACUCACACAGACCGAAUUCCAGGCCCUGAUAGAUGCCGGCUACCCAGUAACAGCCGUGCCAGUGCCGGUGCCCGUACCUUAUGAGCAAUACAUAAAAGAGCAUCCUGAAUUCCGCAAUCAGCCCGUCGACUAUGCACAGCUAAUGCAACAUAUAGCCCAACAGUAUGGUCCACGUAGGGGACUGCAAGCUCAAGCUUCGGAACCGACAGCAAACGUUAUAUCUUCGGCGACCGAUGAACAAGCGACGAUGACAGUGGGCGGCGACAAUAUAACAUAUUUGAGACCGGUGGCCGAUCAGAAGCGACACCCCCGCGACGAGAAGGACACAACGGUCGCUGGAAAAGCGGAUGAAGCCAAGCAAUAAUCCCCAUUCAACACUGUCCUUCAUAGCUUUUAACUAUUGGUCCAUCGCAUUCCAUCUAAUAUCCCUGAACAACGGCUCGAUGAAGAGGUUCUCGCCUCUUUCCCAUUUUCACAACAUUUAGUUUUACCGUGUUCGUUUCACUUUGUGACUGGGUU